AUGGACGUCGUGCAAACAAUCGCCUCGGCCGCGCAGCUGGUGUCUGCAAUGGUGACCGCGGUGGGAGCGCUGGAGCAGGCGGCCGCGGACACCGCUGAGGCUCCGAGGAGGCUCCAGGUGCUCGAGGACUUCGUGUCGGACCUUGAGGUGUUGGUGCAGCAGGCUAAGCAGAAGCACGCGCACAAGAUGCACGGCCCACAGCUGGAGCGUCAGUUUCAGAGCUUGAGCAGGCUCAUGGAUCAGCUCCGUGCCAAUAUCAUCAAGGCGAGGCGAGCCUUGAAGAAAGGGAAAGGGAAGGGCUUGGCUAGGGUGGUUUGGAGCUCGGUGGUGGGUGACCCCCUCAUGAAGUACAUUCAGCUGAUCAGAGAUGACCUCAACUGGUGGCUGGAAUUGCAGAAGUUGACAGAGAACGUCGGCAAAGCUAUAGCGUCUACUGCUAAGGCCACACCAUCGUUGGUCAGAGUCAAGUCUGAGCAGGGCUAUCCAGUGUCAGAGAAGUGUGGCUAUGUUAGGGACAUUUUGGAGAGAGAUGAUGGUCAUCGAGUUGUCCUGAUUGUUGGAUUAUCUGGUAUUGGGAAGUCGUGCCUCGCUCGACAAAUAGCUUCUCAGCCGCCUGGUAAUUUUGUGGAUGGUGCAAUUGAGGUUACUUUUGGCCGGUGGUGCAGUAGAGCAGCUUGUAAUGGAAGCAGAAGUGAGUACCAUAAACGUCUUGUUAGGAAGAUAAGCAAAUUGCUAGUGCAGAUUGGUUCCAUGACUGUCAACGAGGAUACGAGCAAAGAUCUUGAAGAUGUAUGUUGCUUGCUUCAGACCGUGUUGGUUGGAAAGAGUAUGUUAAUACUACUCGAUGACGUCUGGGAGCAAGACAUAGUUGAUCGCUUCACCAAGCUAUAUGAUAAUGAUUGCCGGUAUCUUGUGACAACAAGGGAUGAAGCAGUUUAUGAGAUAGCAGAAGCUGAGAAGGUAGAAAUAUCCAAAGAUGACAUCAAGAAAAUCAGCAAGGGCAUUCUUCGCUAUCAUAGUCUGCUUAGUGCUGAAGAGCUUCCGACUGUUGCAGACGACUUGCUGGACAGUUGUGGGCACCAUCCCCUAACAGUUGCUGUCUUGGGUAAGGCCCUAAGGAAGGAGACCAGAAUGGAAAAAUGGGAGAAAGCAAUAUCCAACCUUUCCACAUAUGCAACUUGUGCACCAGGUCCAGUUUCAUAUGUGAACGAGAAAGAAGUUGAGACCACCUUGACCAUAUUUGGAUCUUUUGAGUUCAGCUUGGAAGCAAUGCCUGAAAAUUCACGAAGGUUUUUCAUGGUUCUCGCAGCUAUUUCAUGGGAAGAACCUGUUCCAGAGGCAUGCCUUGAAUCCGUCUGGUCAGCACUUGUGCAGGACAGUUUAUUCCCUAUUGUAGUUUCAAAACUAGUAGAAGGCUCGCUUAUCAUCAAACUGGAAUACCAAUCGAUGUAUCAUAUGCAUGACAUGGUUUCGCUCUACCUUGAGAAUAAAGCAAAUGAUGCUGCUCAUACUCUUCUGACUGAUUCAUUUCCUGAGUAUGCUGCAUUGGUGGCUCCUUGGCUUUUUAUUUUUGGCAAAGAGACCAUGAAAGGGCCAGCUGAGCAGAAGAUGAGAUCAUUCUUUUCUUUGCUAGAGUUCAUGGAGAUUGAAAUCUUACUGGGAAGCACCACCCAAGCUCUCAUGGCAUGCAAAUCAAUAUCUGAAUUUGAGGCUAGCAGACUUGGCUUUAGCAAACUGCUUGGACCUCGAAUAGCAGAGCUAAUUUCUGUUCACAAGCUCUUAUCGUUGCUGUCACCAAAGCUAUUACAGUCGUCUUUUUCCAAGGAGACUAUGCAAAUCUCGCCCUAUCUAUUGAAACAGCAGGUUCUGUUGAUAAAUUAA